AUGAAUAAGGAUACCACAACACAAAUUAAAGUGCUUCAAUGCUGUCAUUGUCAGAAUGACGUAGAAUUCUACUGCAGACAAUGUGAACAAAGUUUCUGUAUGCCAUGUAAGCAGAAACACGUUGUGUAUCUCGAUACAAAAGACCAUGAUGUUGUUAUUUACCGUUUAAGGCAUGGAUACUUCAAAACACCCGAGUUAUGUGAUAUACACCUAGACUGCAAAUAUAAAAGCUGGUGCAAAUACUGUGAUUGUCCCAUCUGUGAUAAAAAUAAUAAGCAUCAAGAACAUGAAAAUCUGGAUAUCAAAUUAGCCUACACGGUUCAAAGAGAGGAACACAGGGAAAGAAUUAUUCAGAUUAGAGGCGAGGGUCUCCCAUACAAUCGUGCGAUGCUAGCAGGUCUCAAAUCUGACGUAAAAUUCUUCAAAACAAAACUCUACAGCAUCGAACAAGAGCGUACAGUUAAAGCUAAAAACUUGAAAAAACUUAUUGAAAUACAUAGAAAAGCACUAAAUGAUUUACAUAAAACAAAUAUUUAUACACGUUUUAUACUGAAACAUCAAAAAAUGAAGGAAUAUGUGCAUAGGUACGAACAACUGGCAAACAAGCCUGUGAAGUUUCUAUUGUUCAUAAAGAAAUCCCCUGUCCCAAAGACAAUAGAACUUCCUGAUAACAUAAAGUGUAACUUUAAUAAAGAAAUAAGUAUAAGGGACAUUUUAAAUCUAUUAGUCGAAAUCAAAAUCACAGAAGCAGGAAAAAGACAAGUUAGAAAUGAGCAUUUGUUCAGGCUGUUAAAAGAGGCUAUCCUAAAUAUUAAGCAUGUUUAUGUGACUAACUUAUAUCACGGUGGACACAUUUCCUUUGUGACGUCAGAUAGACUUUGGGUCAGUGAUGGACGCAGUCUUAUUUUGACGAAUUCUAAAGGUAACAAUCUACAUCAUUUAUCUGAUGCAAGUGAAUACUAUGGUGUACAUACAGUAAACAGUGCAGGAGAGUUGGUUUACGUAGACAAAGACUGGAACAUUAACAAACUUAGUGUAGACAAUACUACAAAAUCGACAAUGAUAAAGAGAACGGAUCUGUGGGAACCAUGGUGUAUCUGUCACUCAGCAUCUUCUAGGUAUUUGCUGGUCAUGAUGAGAUAUGAUACAAGAAACCCUGCCAUAACAUUAUCAGAUGUGAAAGUCAUUCGGUAUAAUAGUACACUACAACCUAUCCAAACCGUCCAAUACCAUAGGACAGGCAAACCAUUAUAUCAUGACCCUGUCUACAUCACGGAGAACAGGAAUGGAGAUAUUGUUGUAUCUGAUAUAUGGAAUGGUGUGGUGGUCACAGACCGUGAAGGAAAAUAUCGUUUCACUUACACAGGACCACCAGAAGGAUUGUCAUUUGGAAUGUUUAUGCCUUGUGGAAUUUGUGUAGAUGCAUUGUUAAAUAUCCUAUUAUCUGGUCGAUUAGACCAAACAAUACAAAUGAUUAACAAGGACGGUCUCCUUCUGUCAAUUCUAUCAACAAAACAAGACGGGAUGGUUGAGCCAUUGGGUUUGGGAUAUGACGAAGAAAAUCAUCUUGUUUGGUUGGGAUCAGGAAAGACCAAUAGACUGUGUGUGUACAGACAUAUAGAACGACAAGAUUAUCUUGCAUAA